AGCCCGGCUGCCAAGAAACAAUACUUAGUCGUGUAUUACCGUUAGCGUCUGACUAGCUGCGUUAGCGCGCACUUCGUUGAGCAUUAUUUCAGAGCUGGAAUCAAUUUAACACUAUGCAAGAUACAAAAUGCGCUGACCCCGAACAAAAUGAUUGUGUGAUGCCAGUUCGUUCUGCUAAUCCGAUACGCGCUAGAAGUUUGAUCCGAGACAAUUUGGAGAAACAGGCUGGUAGUUUAAAUCUAAUACACUCCAGAAUGCCAAACAUUAAAGUGUUUUCGGGCACCUCGCAUCCGGAUUUGGCGCAGCGCAUUGUCGAUCGCCUUGGCAUCGACCUGGGCAAGGUGGUCACCAAAAAGUUUAGCAACUUGGAAACAUGCGUCGAAAUUGGCGAAUCAGUGCGUGGCGAAGAUGUUUACAUCGUGCAGUCCGGCUCCGGCGAGAUCAAUGAUAACUUGAUGGAGUUGCUUAUUAUGAUCAAUGCAUGCAAAAUUGCUUCAGCCUCGCGCGUUACAGCUGUGAUUCCUUGCUUUCCAUAUGCCCGCCAAGACAAAAAAGAUAAGUUGGCGGGCAGUGAGGAUAAAAAACAAGACGAAAGCAAGAUACUUGCCAAGAAAAACUACGAUUGGAAAUUUAGGGAGUUUACAGCCAGACAAUAUACUAGCCGUGCGCCCAUAUCGGCGAAAUUGGUCGCCAAUAUGUUAUCGGUGGCCGGUGCGGAUCAUAUCAUAACCAUGGAUCUACAUGCCUCACAGAUCCAGGGUUUCUUUGAUAUACCUGUGGAUAAUCUCUAUGCAGAGCCAGCGGUGCUCAAGUGGAUCAAAGAGAACAUUCCUGAAUGGAAAAAUUCGAUUAUUGUAUCUCCCGAUGCGGGCGGUGCCAAGCGUGUUACUUCAAUUGCGGAUCGUUUGAAUGUGGAGUUUGCGCUGAUACACAAGGAGCGCAAGAAGGCCAAUGAGGUGGCCUCCAUGGUGCUGGUGGGUGAUGUGAAGGAUAAAAUUGCCAUAUUGGUCGAUGAUAUGGCUGAUACUUGCGGCACUAUAGUGCACGCUGCCGAUCGUCUGGUGGAAGCGGGAGCCACCAAGGUCUAUGCCAUACUGACGCACGGAAUUUUCUCGGGUCCGGCGAUUUCGCGCAUUAACAAUGCUUGCUUUGAGGCCGUCGUUGUGACCAAUACUAUACCACAGGAUGGACAUAUGCGUGACUGUCCCAAGAUACAGUGCAUCGAUGUCUCGAUGAUGUUUGCCGAGGCCGUCAGACGGACACACAAUGGCGAGAGUGUCUCAUAUCUCUUCUCAAAUGUUCCAUACUAAAAAUGAACUGCAACAAAAACUAACAACAAGUGCAGCAGCAGCAACAAAAACAACAACAACAAUUACACCACCACCAAUAACAGCAACAUAACUAUUCUUCAAAAUACAACAAAGUGCAAGUUUUAAGAAAUUUGAAGCAUAUUUUUGCCAUGAUCAUCGUUAUAUAUUUUUUAUUACUUAUUAACUAUGUAAAUUUAAAUAAAUACAAAGCAACAAUCGUCAUUAUGUAAUUGUAUAAAUAUAAAGUAACGUAAUCAAAAACCACAUGAACAUAUUUAACAAAAGUUACUGCACAUACAUUAAUAAUUCUUAAUUGUUGAUUUUUUUAUUUUGAAUAUCGCAUUUUUGUAAACGAUUGAUAACUCUUAGAGAGAACCGUUAGUUGUAUAGAUUAUGUAGUAAAACAAACACACUCAUACACACACACACACACAUAUAUAUAUAUAAAUAAUUGUAAUUUUACACCGUGCAAACAAGUUUUUGAUGACUCUUUAACAUAAGUUUAGAUCAGAAUUGGUUCAAUCGAAAACAAAUUUCUUGCAAGUUCAAAACAAAGCAAACCUAAAAUGUUUAGUAAAAUUAAGUAAAAGCAACAUAAUUGAAAAGAAACUUAGUAAAUAGGCGUUUAAACUAAAAAAAAAAA